AUGGCUGGCGGUGUUGUCGUCGAGGGCACGACCAAUGUCGAUCGGGUCGAGGCCCCCAUCACAUGGAAGGCCUACCUCAUCUGCGCCUUUGCCGCCUUUGGUGGUAUCUUCUUCGGUUAUGAUACUGGUUGGAUGGGUGGUGUCUUGGCCAUGCCCUACUUCAUCAACCUCUACACCGGCAAGGAGUACAACUGGGUGGACAUGAAGCCUGUUGGCCCCAAGGAAGACUUCAAGCUCCCUUCCUCGACUCAGUCCCUCUUCACCUCCAUCCUCUCUGCCGGUACCUUCUUCGGCUCUCUGAUCGGUGCUGAUAUCGCCGACUUCAUCGGCCGUCGCCUCACCAUCAUUGGUGGCUGUGCCGUCUUCUGCGUCGGCUGCACUCUCCAGAUUGCCAGCACCAACCAGGAGGCCCUCUUCGUGCUCGGCCGUCUCAUUGCCGGUCUUGGUGUCGGCUUCAUCUCGUCGGUCGUCAUUCUGUACAUGUCCGAGAUUGCCCCCAAGAAGGUCCGCGGUGCCAUGGUCUCUGGCUACCAGUUCUGCAUCACCAUUGGUAUCCUCAUCGCCAACUGCGUCGUUUACGGCACCAAGGACAUGAACAACACCAGCUCUUACCGUAUCCCCGUUGGUAUCCAGUACCUCUGGGCCGUUGUCCUCGCUGGUGGUCUCUUCUUCCUGCCCGAGUCCCCCCGUUGGUAUGCCAAGCAGGGCCGACUUGAGGAGGCUUCCCUCGCUCUGUCCCGCGUCCGUGGCGAGGCCGAGUCGUCCGAGUACAUCAAGGACGAGCUGGCCGAGAUCAUUGCCAACCUCGAGUAUGAGUUGCGUGAGAUCCCCCAGACCAGCUACGUUGGCUCGUGGCUUGCCUGCUUCAAGGGCAGCCUGCUCAAGGGCAACAGCCCCAUCCGUCGUACCAUUCUCGGCACUGGUCUCCAGAUGUGCCAGCAGCUCACGGGUAUCAACUUCAUCUUCUACUUCGGCACUCCCUUCCUGACCCAGCUUGGCACGAUCGAGAACCCUUUCCUCAUCUCCAUGGUCACCACCCUCGUCAACGUUCUGUCGACCCCGAUCUCGUUCUACAUUGUCGAGAAGUUUGGUCGCCGCAACCUCCUGAUCUUCGGUGGCUCCUUCAUGGUCAUCUCCCAGUACAUUGUCGGUGCCAUUGGUGUUACCCAGGGUGCUAUCGAGGCUCACAACAAUGCUGCUGUCAACGCCAUGGUUGCCUUCAUCUGCCUCAACAUUGCCGCGUUCGCCACCACCUGGGGUCCUUGCGCGUGGGUCGUCGUCGGUGAGGCUUUCCCUCUGCCCAUCCGCUCGCGCGGUGUUGGUAUCUCGACCGCCUCCAACUGGUUCUGGAACACCAUCAUUGCCGUCAUCACCCCGUACCUUGUCGGCGAAGACGAGGCCAACCUCGGCUCCAAGGUCUUCUUCCUCUGGGGCUCGCUCUGCAUCCUCUCCGUCACCUUUGCCUACUUCCUCGUCCCUGAGCUCAAGGGUCUCUCCCUCGAGCAGGCCGAUAUGUGCAUGGCCGAGGUCACUCCUCGCCAGUCUGGCAAGUGGCGCCCCAGCCACACUUUUGCGGCCGAGAUGAACCACGUCGCCGUCAACGAGGAGAAGCCUCUUGCCAGCCACGCCCAGUCUGCCGUCUAG